AUGCUACAGCACGCUACUUUUCAAACGCGUUACUUUGCACGUUCUGCAUCGUGCCAUCUCACGUCUGCUCUCAUCCCCUUCUCUCCGACGCCUGGCCGUACAAGCGGGCGGCAGAGGAAUUGGCGCCAGAGGAACGGGCGGGCAGAGGAACGGGCAGCGACAAAGUGGAUGGCAGAGGAACAGGAGGCGGAUGACUGGGCGGCGCAGGAAUGGGCGGCGGUGGGACCGAUGGUUUUAGAAUGGGCAGCAGAAAACCGGGCGAAGGCGGAACGGACGGCAGAGGAAGAGGAACGGGCGGCGGCGAAACGGGAGGCAGAGGAAUUGGAGGCGCAUGAAUGGGCGGCAGGGGGUUUGAUGGAUUUAGAAUGGGCAGCAGAGGAAAGGGCGAAGGCGGAACGGGCGGCAGAGGAAGAGGAACGGGCGGUGGCGAAACGGGAGGCAGAGGAAUGGGAGGCGCAUGAAUGGGCGGCAGGGGGUUUGAUGGUUUUAGAAUGGGCAGCAGAGGAAAGGGCGAAGGCGGAACAGGCGGCAGAGGAAGAGGAACGGGCGGCGGCGAAACGGGAGGCAGAGGAAUGGGAGGCGCAUGAAUGGGCGGCAGGGGGUUUGAUGGUUUUAGAAUGGGCAGCAGAGGAAAGGGCGAAGGCGGAACGGGCGGCAGAGGAAGAGGAACGGGCGGCGGCGAAACGGGAGGCAGAGGAAUGGGAAGCGCAUGAAUGGGCGGCAGGGGGUUUGAUGGUUUUAGAAUGGGCAGCAGAGGAAAGGGCGAAGGCGGAACGGGCGGCAGAGGAAGAGGAACGGGCGGCGGCGAAACGGGAGGCAGAGGAAUGGGAGGCGCAUGAAUGGGCGGCAGGGGGUUUGAUGGUUUUAGAAUGGGCAGCAGAGGAAAGGGCGAAGGCGGAACGGGCGGCAGAGGAAGAGGAACGGGCGGCGGCGAAACGGGAGGCAGAGGAAUGGGAGGCGCAUGAAUGGGCGGCGGGGGGUUUGAUGGUUUUAGAAUGGGCAGCAGAGGAAAGGGCGAAGGCGGAACGGGCGGCAGAGGAAGAGGAACGGGCGGCGGCGAAACGGGAGGCAGAGGAAUGGGAGGCGCAUGAAUGGGUGGCGGGGGGUUUGAUGGUUUUAGAAUGGGCAGCAGAGGAAAGGGCGAAGGCGGAACGGGCGGCUGAGGAAGAGGAACGGGCGGCGGCAAAACGGGAGGCAGAGGAAUGGGAGGCGCAUGAAUGGGCGGCAGGGGGUUCGAUGGUUUUAGAAUGGGCAGCAGAGGAAAGGGCGAAGGCGGAACGGGCGGCAGAACGGGCGGCGGCGAAACGGGAGGCAGAGGAAUGGGAGGCGCAUGAAUGGGCGGCAGGGGGUUUGAUAGAUUUAGAAUGGGCAGCAGAGGAAAGGGCGAAGGCGGAACGGGCGGCAGAGGAAGAGGAACGGGCGGCGGCGAAACGGGAGGCAGAGGAAUGGGAGGCGCAUGAAUGGGCGGCAGGGGGUUUGAUAGAUUUAGAAUGGGCGGCAGAGGAAAGGGCGAAGGCGGAACGGGCGGCAGAGGAAGAGGAACGGGCGGCGGCAGAAUGGAUGGCAGUAGAACAGGAGGCAGAGGAACGGGAGGCGGAGGGACGGAGGUUUGGCGCAUGGACAGCAGAGGAAUAA